CCGCAGGUCCCGCGGGAAUCCCUCGGCGGCGAUCCCGGGGACCUAUGCCAGCCGAAGGCUCCCAAUAACCCUAACUGAGGUCCGGGCGCCGCGAGGCGCGGCGGGACGGCCCCGAUGCCGGCCAGGAAGGGCCUCCUCGCACCCCAAAACACCUUUCUGGACACCAUCGCCACCCGCUUCGAUGGCACCCACAGCAACUUCGUCUUGGGGAAUGCCCAGGUGCCCUCGAUCUACCCCAUCGUCUACUGCUCGGACGGGUUCUGCGAGCUGACAGGGUUCGCGCGCGCCCAGAUCAUGCAGAAAGGGUGCGCGUGCAAGUUCCUCUACGGGCCGGAAACCAAGGAAGAAGAUAAGGCAGCCAUCGACAAGAGCCUCGAGAGUAAGGCCGAGCUCAAGAGGGAGGUCGUGUUUUACAAGAAGAACGGAAGCCCCUUCAACUGCCUCCUGGACAUCGUGCCGAUCAAGAACGAGAAGGGCGACGUGGUCCUCUUCCUGGCAUCCCAUAAGGACAUCACCCACACGAAGGACUUCCAACUCUGUGAGUCGUUCGACAGUGAUGCCAACGGGAACCUGGACCCGGAGGCUCCUCCGGCGAAUUAUGGGAGACGCAGGAGUCGAGCUGUCCUUUACCAGCUUUCGGGACACUACAAGCAGGAUAGCAAGCACAAGAUCAGCUUGAACAACAACCUCCUCCACUCGGCCGCGGCGCCAUUGCCCGAAUACAAGACCACCGCCAUCAAGAAGUCGCAGUUUAUCCUCAGCCAUUACGGCUGCUUCAAGUCCUGCUGGGACUGGCUCAUCCUGAUUGCGACCUUCUACGUGGCCAUUGUUGUGCCCUACAACGCGAGUUUCGUCAACACCGACAGACCUACCAUGGUCAGCGACGUCGUCGUCGAGGCGCUCUUCAUGAUCGAUAUCUGCCUGAAUUUUCGGACCACCUACGUGAACAGGAAGGGCGAGGUCGUCAGCAACAGCAAAUGCAUCGCCGUCAACUACCUGAAGAGCUGGUUCCUCAUCGACCUCGUUGCAGCGCUGCCCUUCGACCUCCUCUACGCCUCGGACGUUUAUAGUGGUGAGGAGUCCAGUCACAGUCACAUCCACCUGGUGAAGCUGACGAGGCUGCUGAGACUCGCCAGGUUGCUGCAGAAGAUGGACAGGUACUCGCAGUACAGCGCGAUGAUCCUGACCCUGCUGAUGCUGUCCUUCACCCUGGUGGCACAUUGGCUGGCCUGCAUCUGGUUCGUCAUCGCUGAGAAGGAGAGGCUGAGGAACGACAAGGACUGGAACCUCGGAUGGAUCCACAGCCUGGCGGACCGCCUCAAGAUCCCUGUGCAGAAUGUCACCUAUGCGGAAAGCUACAUCACGGCUCUCUAUUUCACCUGCAGCAGCCUGACAUCCGUGGGCUUCGGGAAUGUCUCCGCCAACACCUCCCCCGAGAAGAUAUUCUCCAUCUGCACGAUGCUGGUCGGAGCGCUGAUGCACGCCGUGGUGUUUGGAAACGUCACCGCCAUCAUCCAGAGGAUCUACUCUAGGAGGUCCCUCUACCAGACCAAGUGGCGAGACCUGAAGGACUUCCUGGCACUACACCAGAUCCCGGAGGAACUGAAGCAGCGCAUGCAGGAUUACUUCCAGACGACGUGGUCCCUGAACCACGGCAUUGACAUUCAUGAGACGCUGAAGGAGUUCCCGGAGGAGCUGCGGGGAGACGUGUCCAUGCACCUGCACAGGGAGAUCCUGAGCCUGCCCAUCUUCGAGGGAGCCUCCCAGGGCUGCUUGAAACUGCUCUCUCUGCAUAUUAGAAGCAACUUUUGCGCCCCUGGGGAGUUCCUGGUGCACAAGGGGGAUGCCCUCUCCUACAUCUACUAUCUCUGCAACGGGUCCAUGGAAGUGGUGCAGAAUAACAUGGUUGUGGCGAUUCUGGGUAAGGGCGACCUGGUGGGCUGCGACAUCAGUGGUCAUCUCCAUUAUGGAAAUAAUGGGGGUGGCGGGGGUGGUGGAGGUGGUGGAGGUGGCGGAGGAGGCCAAAUCGACGUCGUCGUCAAGUCCAGCUGCGACGUCAAGGCUCUGACUUACUGCGACCUGAAGUGCAUCCACAUGCAGGGUUUGGUCGACGUCCUGAGGCUCUACCCGGAGUACCAGCACGAGUUCGCCCAGGACUUCCAGCACGACCUGAGCUACAACCUGCGGGAGGGUUACGAGGCCGAGCAAGAGUCCGACAUGAACGGGGUGCCGUCCCUGACGCUGCCCUCCAUCAGCGAGGACGACGAGAACGCGCCCGAGGAGGGCGAGACUUCGCCCUUGUCGCCACCUAACAGGUCGCCACUACACACGGCGACCAGUCCGCGACAUGCCAAGUUCAGAGACGAGUACAGGGAAGGCAGGAGAUCAACGACGAGGAGCGUUCUGGUACGAGGUAGGACUGUCCAGAUGAUGGGCCAGAAGUCCAUGGAUGAUCAUCUCCCAGGAUCCGUUGAGAGGCUGGACUCCCAGGUGUCCACCUUGCAUCAGGACGUGGCCACCCUCAGCUACGAGGUGAGGAACGCCAUCCAGGCGCUGCAGAUGCUGGCCAGCUCUCCGCAGAGCAACCCCAACCUGCCGACGCCUGCUGGUCGAGGAAGUGGCCUGUUGGCCAGGAGCUCAUCCCACCCCCCGGACGCCCUCUGCUGGAACCCGCCAGCCAGGAUGAUCAGCGUCGGGACGCAGACCGACUGGCCGGCGGACAUGAUGGAGGAGUGGGUCCGAGCGAACCCUCAUCGAGUUCUGAGGAUUCUGGGUCUGGAACCGGAAGGGAUCCCCAGACCGAUGCCUCCCUCGCCGACCCCUUCGCCGUCUUCCCCGCCACCACCGCCAUAUGAACCAUUGUCUCCAUUGGUGGGCACGCCGACGCAGACGCCACCCCAAUCGCCAGGAGCCAACGAGUACAGGUCCAGUGUCGUCGUUCCUAGAGUCUGCCGAGUCCCGGGGAUCUGCUGGGAUUCCCGAGGCAAGCUUUCUCACCGCUUCAGUGCUGGCGACGCCGACGACUCUUCAGGGCUCUGCCGACCCUUCGACGAUGCUUUCGGACGCCUGCCAGAGUCCAGGUCCCUGAAGUUCGACCCCUUCGACAGUUGAGCCGCGUCGUUCAACGUUGGACGUGCAACCGGACCUCUGAUUAAGGGUGACGUCUCCGUUUGGGAGGAGAACGGGGAAUCCCGCGGCUCGGGGGAUUCCCAGGAGCCAAAUCCGGGGGCGGACUCGGAAAUCCUAAUUUAUCAACCCUGAACCCUGAAGAUGUCCUCGAGAGAGGCGUACCCCUCGUCCCUCCCGUCACUAGCGAUGAGCAAGGUAGACCUUGGUCAUCGCCAUAGUCUUGGUCUUGCAGAAGUGCAAGAUCGAGAUUAAUACCAUGACCUGACCAUAUCUUCAAGGCCAGGAUUUAAAAUCGUCAUGGUCUUGGUCUUGCACUUCCUCAUCGCUAUCCGUCACUGCCGGACUUUGCCAAACCCCGCUUCCAGCCCGGCGAAUUUUUUUCGGCUCUCUUCUCGGAGGAUUUGCCGACUAUCGCCAGACGGAUCCACCGUUAAAAACCCUAGACUAGGGAUAGUAAAAAAAAUCCCCAUCCUCCAGCAUCUCUAAUCGGCUCCUCAUAUUAGGUCCGGCGUUGCUUCGCUUCACGCAGAUUCCUUUAGUGUGCUCUUCUGACUAGUCACUCUUCCAAGGAGAGUCUCUCUCUCUAUCUUGCUCUCACUCUCGUCUCGUCCCAGAUUUUCUGCGACGAGCUGCACCCGCGAAUUUUCCGCAACCCCGAAGGGAGGGUAAUGCCGCCCAAAAAUCCCAGGGCGAUUGUAAAUAGAUAUGCGAUAUCGAAAAUGUGUGAUAAAAGGGAAAAGAUGAGCACGGCUUUGGCCAUGUGCACAAAGUAUUCUAUAUAUACAUAUAUUAUAUAUAUAUACAUAUUCGUUCGACUCUCUUCACCGCAAGCUGCGAGAUAUAAAACGUGGAGGAGAAAAUUCCUGGCUUCCGGGACUUCCCAGCCUCGCAGGUCGCGGUGAACGCGCACUAUUUGAUAAAUAUUUCAUAUAUUUUGUUAUACCGUUUCUAUAUGCUCUCUACGUUGUAACUGAAGAACGGCCAACAUGGUGCACACACCGUGGGAUCCCGGGUCGAUGUUUUCCGACGUACGGGCCACUUCCAUCGGUCCCUAGACCCUAAGAGCCUGAUAAGACUCAGGUCGAAGGAUGGAAAUCGAAGGCGAUCCCGAAAUUUCUCACCCAGGAAGGCAACGUGGAUCUUCGACCUAGAGGGAGUCCCCGAAGAGCCUCCAGAAAAUCCAGGGAAUCCAGGGAAUCCCCUAGGACGAUUCGCCAUGGAAACUCAACCUCCAUAGA